AACGAUCUUCGCCUGUAUGUAUUGGUGUGUUUGUAGUGAACAUCGUGAUAUGUGGAAAAGUAUAAAGUGAACGAAGAAGAAGAAGACGAAAACGAAGAAGCGCGCGAGAAAGUAUUUCGUUUUCUUUAAUGCCCGAACCAUAUACGAAAAUAGAGUGGAAGUUUAGGACAAUAACACACGUACGUGUACGUUUCUUUCUUUUUUUCCCUCUCUCGUUUCUCUUUUCUCUAUCUUCAUCCUUUUCAUUCGCCUUUGUUGGACGCGUGUGUCCGUUUGUGGUUUCGAUGCGGGUGUGAGUAGCAGGUAGAGAACAUCAAGGUAACGAAAGCAACGAAGCGGGAAGCAGUGUUCGAACGUUCUCAAACGUUUUCUGUCAUUUUUCUCCUUUCGAACACGCCAACAGCGCUUUUUUUCACGAAUAAACUGUGAGAAAGCAGUGACGAUCGAAAGUAAUUUGACGAAAAUGCGAUACGAGUUGUUAAGUCGCCUAGCGUAGUAUAUCGCCUAGCGGCGACGGGCCCAGAGAGAAGCGGUGGAAAAAUGGCGUCCGAUAACGAAGCCUCUUGCGCGAGUGACCCAAAUUUCGCGGUGAUUUGUUCAUUCCUCGAGUGCUUCGGCAAGUCCUGUGGCAUCGUUUACCCUGAUAUUGCACGCCUUCAAGAGAUGCUUGAAAACACGCAGGAGGUACCACAACAGUUGAUCGAUCUCCACAUCAAAUUAUUACGAAAAACACGUAAAACAGUGUCACCAGAAAAAUGGGAACGUGCACUGGUUAAAUUCUGCCACACAUACUCUAAUCAAGAUGGAUGGGAACUCGAACGUUUUGGUUACAAGAAAGCCCGUAUUGCAGUUAAACUACGACUACUUAAAAUUCUUUUAGAAACACAAUUUGAUCUAAAUCAAAAGUUUAAAAAUGAAGUAAAUAAAUUAGCAGCUAAGGAAUUACGGGUAGAGCCUUUAGGAAGAGACAAAUCUGGUUUAGCUUAUUGGUGUCAGCUUGAUGAAGAGUGCAAUAUAAGAGUUUAUAGAGAAGAUAUAGAUGAAGAAAAUUGGGAACUUGUAGCUAAGGAUCGAGAAGGUGUAGUUAAUCUUAUAAAUACCUUAUCAAAUGGAGAGAUUGGAGCUAUUCCAAUUAAUGAAGACAGCAAUAGUUUAGAAAUUUCUGAAAAACCCAUUAUUGAUACUGGACAAAUAUCUUCAUCACCAAGUUUGGAGGAUGAAGGUGUGCAAGAAAAUGGCAUUCACAAUGAGGGAUCUGAUGAGAAAGAAUUAGAUAAGAGUGGAGGUGAAGAUUUUGAGGAUGAACAAGAACAAGAUGAUAUUAAUGAGGGCGAUAAUAUUGAAGAAGAUAUGGAUGGUGAAGAUGAAAUGACAAAUGAUGAAAGUUCUAAACAAAAUACUGAAGAAGAUGAUUCUCAGCAGACAAUACAAAAUGGAAUAGUAGAACCAAAUUCUACUCAAACACCGUCUUUAUUAUCACCAAGUCCUCUCAAAAUUUUAAAUUGUAAGAUUGAUAUAUUAUCUGAGAAGGAAACAGUUUCAUCUCAGGAGAAAGAAUUAAACAUUACUCAAAACUUGACUACUGUUAUAUCUAAUGAUACUAAACCUGCAGAAACAUACAAAUUUGAAGAGCAUACAGCAAUAAGUAAUUCAAAAAUUGGUUCUGAGGAAUCAAUGCCUCUUAAAUCAAUUGAAACACCUGUUAUUACAUCCCCUCUUAAAUUAGUGAAUGUUUCUGAAAUGAAACAAGUACACGAAGAAAAAGUCAUUACCGGCAUAACACAUACAUUAAAUAUAACAAAGAAAUAUGAAGAUUCAACAGAUCAAAUGAAACCGCUAGACAAGUUAUCCAAUAAAAAUAAUUUCCCCUUUACAUCUACUGAUAUACCAACAAGUCAUAGUAAAUUGUCUGUAAAGCCAAUAGAUCAAUUGGCUGCUAAUCUUGUGAGGAUGCAAUCUGAGAAACUUGAGAAACCAAGUGGAACAAAAUCAUUAGAGAAAAUCGCAGAAAACUUAGCGCGAUCAGGAAGUAUUGUGGGAAACGCAAUAAAUGGAGAUGAUGAUAGAACACCGCAAGAUUUUUGUGCAAGAAAUCAAAUAGACAAAGUGAAUCCGCUUCGAGAACAUAGAGGUAUAGAUUUGUCUACGUCACCCAGAGGAUGGGAGAGCACGAAUGAGCAGAACAGACCAAUGGAUUUCUCUGGAAUCGAUUUAUCUAGUCGAAAAUUUAACAAAACCAUGGAUUUACCAUCUCCUGGAUACAGGACACAAGAUUUUCAACAUAGAGAAAUGGAUCUUAGUACGAAAAAGUUAAAUAAACCAGAAGUUACAAAUUUACCGUACGAUGCUCGGACUGUGAUGAUGCGUAAUCAUGCUAUGGUAGCAGAUUUAAGUAAAAGGCAAAUGUCAUUUCCUGGUUAUGAUAUGUCUUCUGCUGCAUUUCAUAAUGCUACGAGAAUAUCUAGUAAAGACGAUCACAGAUUACCAAAUUAUACGAUAUUGCCAGAUCCGAGUAAAAUUACGGCUCUAAGAAUGAAUCCGACACCAGUGAAACGUCCAUUAGAAGGAGAUGAUAUGCAACAAGACAUAUUAAAGAGAAUAAGAGCAGAUGUAAUACCAAUUAGAGGUUCCAUGGAUAAGAGAUCAAUAAUGAAUAGUAAUUGGAGAGACGAAGUUGGUGAGGCUAUUGAGGAACCGAUGAUAAUGAUUCAAGGUGAAGGGUCCGGUAGUGAUUGUGAUGCAGUUAAUCCUGGGCUUGGAGAAGCUGUAGAAGAGCCUAUAAUUUUUUUUUAUGGAGAAGGAUCUGGUGAGGACUGUCAAACAGGUAAUCCUGGUGAAGAAGCAACAACUGACAAUAAAGAAAGCAACGAAUCAAAAACUGAAGCUGAUUCUGCUACUUCUUCUCCGCUGUCGAGUAAAAAUUUAAGCGAUGAUAGCCUUAUAAAUGAAGUGUCUACUGGAUCGUUAGUAACAAGUAAAAAUGCCAUAAAAUUAAAUAGAAAUUAUCCACAAUCGAGCAUUAACAUAAAAAGUAAUUGUCAAACUAUAGGUUCAACACAAGAAAGGUCAAAAUUCAAACCAUCAUUGGGCAUUCAAAUAAUACCAAAAAAUACCAACAGUUCUGUAAAAAGGAUAUCGAGAUGGGAUGUUGGAAAACCAGAAGAAAAACCAGAAUGUGACAGCAGUAUCAUAUCAAAUGAAGAAGACAUAUCACAGAAAAAAAAUAAAACUGAAUGCGAAGAUUCCUCUAAUAAAAAUCGAGAUAUUAAAAUAGAUGAAAAUUCUGUAAAUACUGAAAAUUCAACUUCACAAAAAAAGAAUGUAGAAACAGAAAAUUUACAGGAAACUACAGAAGGAAAUUCCUUGAGGCAAAAAUUGCCUCAAGGAAGCCCUGUUUCUCAAGAUUCUGUGCAGUGUGAUUCGUCUAUUUCUUUAUGUCAAGCAGAUACAUCAGAAACACUUGAAUUUUAUUCAGAAACUACAUCCACAUCUCAGUCAAUUAGUAAUAAAAAUACUGCUGAAAAUGAUUCUCACAGUGUAACUUUGCAUGAAACAAAUACUUCAGAAAAAGUAGACAAUGAAUGUAAACCAGCAGUUGCGUCACCACCAAGAUUUUUUUUUGGUCCUAAUUGUAUUUCGUACACUUCUAGAACAGAAAUAUUUGAAUCACCAUCUGAUCAUACAGUUUCAACAACUAUAGAAUCUAAAUCUGAUACACUGCAAUAUGAAUGUGUUUCUUCUUCCAAACCAGCAGAGGAUGUAGUUACUUCUUAUACAUCAGCUAAUUUUGAUGUAACACAAAUUAAUAAUAAUUCGUUAAAAAUAAAUUCGUAUGCACCCACAAGUAAUAGUCCACUUUGUGAAGAUGAUAAUAAUAAAAUAGAGAAGGUUGAAGGUUCAAUUAAUAUAUGGGAACAAACAGUUCCUUCAAAAUAUUCUAUAGAUGAAGAACAUUGUGCAGUGCAAAAAGCAGAUAUGUCUAAUUCUGAAUCAAAAGAAGAAAAUUUUAAAUCUGUUGUACAAGAUUCUAUUUCUAGUAGUGAAAAUACAAAAACUGAGUAUGUGAAAUCUGAAGAAUCAGAAAUAUCAGACAUAAUUUUACAACCUCAUAGUACGAAUGAUAUAAAUAAGGAAGAUUUAAAUAUAAAGCCUGACAAUGCAAUUGUAACACCAUCUACAGUGCAAUUUGACUCAAAUAUUAAAUCCAUGCAAUUUGAAAUAUCAAAAGCAGAAAAUAAUACAUUAGAACAACUGGAAAGUCAGAAUAAAAUAUCAGAUUUACAAAAUAAUACCAAUAAAAAUGUAGAAACACCAAUUCUUUGUUCUAAAGAUGAAGAUGAUUAUAAAUCGUCUGAUACAUUGACAUUUAAAAAAACUGAAUCGGAAAUGGAUCCAACAUGCAUUAAUAAUUCAUGUUUAUCUUUUGCUCAAAAUUCAGAAUUAGGUUGUACAAGUAGAGGAGACUUUUCUACUUAUCAAGAAGUAGAUAGUUCAGCAGAAAAAAAAAUGGAAUGUGUUUCUGAGAAAGAAUGUGAUUUGUCUGUUGAAAGUUCUAAACAAAAUGACAAAAAUGAUAAUAUCCCAGAAUUUCAUAGUCAAAGAAAACAAUUAAUAAAUCCUGAUAAUGAAAACAUGGAAAGUUCAACUGAUUCUGAUACACAUUUGGCACAUAAUUGCACUAAAGAUAGUAAGCAAACAGAAAUUUCACAACAAAAUGAAAUUUCAGUUGGUGCAUUUAUCAAAAGUUCUGUGCCUGAUAUUAAUACUGAAUUAGAUUUCACAGAUAAUUCCACUGUUACUAGUUCAGAAUCAAUCGAACAAUGUAACAAAGAUGCGCUAGUUCCUACAAUAAGUAGCUCAGAUGAUAAUUGCAUUCAAGACAUUUCCAUGCGUGAAAGUGUCAAAGUGCAUUCAGAUUCUGAAAAAUUGUCCUUUAAAGAUGAAUUUUCUAUUUACAAUGUAUUACCAGAGACAGUACCUGACACAAAUAAUUUUAAACCAUCCAAAUCUGAUGCAGUUGAAGCUGAAGAAGAAAUGAAUGUAUCUAAUAUAACUGCAACAUUAAAAGACCAAAGUUCCUGCAUUGAUCAAGAUUCAAAUAAAGAUAUGAUUAUUGAUGAUGAUUUAUCAAAGCCUGACAAAUCUCCUAAACUAAAUGAAGAAAAAGAAUGUUCUGAUGAAAAUUUGUCAUCUAAUGAAGUUAUACGUGAUAUUUCAUUGGAAUUAUGCUCAUCUUCUGAUGAAACUGAUAAAUGUGGUGCUCUUAUUGAAAGAGAAAAAAUAGAAGACAUCAAUAAUAUAGAAGAUACUCAACAAAAAUCUGAUAGCAUUAUGAAAUCUGUAAUUUCAGAAAAUGAAAAGACGAUUGAACAGGACGAAAAAAGUGAAAAGACCCCAGUUGAAGAAAAUAAUAUAAAAAAUGAUGAAGAGUCAAUUUCUGCAAAUAAUAGUGUAGAAAAUCCAAGUAAUACUCAGCAAGAAUGCAUUAUCCAAAAAUCAAAGCCAGAGGAACCAAAACUAAAUCAAAUAGAUACAAAUCCUGUAAACCUACAAGAAACAAACAAAGUGAAACAGUCUUUAGUUGCAAAUUAUGAGAGUAGUGAUUCCAAUGAUGAUAGUAAUGAUGUUUUUGAAUCUCUUGAAAGAGGAUCAAUUGAAAAUAAAAAUAACUUGUUUACAGAUUUAGAAGAAACAAUGAUUAGUAAUGAAUCAAAAAUAAAACAAACAGUUGAAAAAUUAAUUACAAAGGAUGAAACAUCGCCCGAAGAAAUACAGAUUACAGUUACUAAUAAGAAACGAAAAGUAUCAAUGUCAGAAAAUAAUAUUCAAAAAAUGGAAGACGAAGAAGUAGAACAUAAAAAGGAAAUGAUAAGCAACAAAGAAAUAAUUGAAAAAGAAUAUAAUUGUAUCAUUAAUCAAUUUGAUUUAAAUGAAAAAUCAAUUGUACAUGAGAAAAAAGAUAUUAAUAUCUCAGAAGAAAGUAGCACUAUGGAAUUAGUAAAAACAGAGAUAUCACCAGUUUUUUCUGAAACUGAUGAAUCAGUGAAUAAAGAAAAUGUAAAUUUAACACAAACUAAAACAAAUAAUUUAAUAAGUGAAGUAAGUGAAGCAGAAAAUAAUGGUUUAGUUCAAGCUCCAGAAAAGAUCAUGAAUACAGUUUCUGAAGAAAAAAAUGAUUCUCAAACAGUAAAUUCUAUAAAUAUAAUUAGAACUCAAAAACAAACAAAUGACAACAUUGAUUUUAAUGAUAUUAAGAAAGAAAUAUAUGAAAAUUUAAAGGAACAAUCUAUAAAACCUGUGGAAGAAAAAUUAAUAACAAGUUUUGAUAGUGAGAUCCAAUUUAUUAAAAAUAAAGAAGUUGAACAUGUUACAGAAGAAUUUCCAAUCAUAGAAUCAUACAAUAAAUUAACAGAAUUCAGUAAUAAAGGAAAUAAAUUUGAUAUACAUUUACAUAAUGAAGGAGAUUUCAAUAAAGAUUUACAUGAAAAUGAUACAACUAUUCAUUCUGUACAAAAUAUUUUACCACUUGACAAAUUUGACAAUACAUCCUCAGGUGUAGAUAAAUCAGAAAUAUAUAAAAAUAACAUUUCAACUGUAUCAGAAGAUUUCAAAUCUAUGGAUAACUUACAGUUUGCAAAUUUUAUAUCCGAAAAAUCAGAAAAUUUGAGUAUUACAGAUAAUCAAGAGAAGCAUAAUGAAUCAUUUCAUAUUACAAAUAAAGCUAUAGAGUGUCUUCCUGAAAAUACUGUCUCUAGUCUAAAUGAUAAAUCAGCAAUUUUUAAUGUACAAGAAACUGCAUCAGAAUCAACAAUCAUAAACGAUUUUAAGAAGGAAGCUAGUAAAAGAUUAAGCGAUGUUUCUGAUAUUCAACAUGUUCCUCCAUUAAAAUCUAAAAUUCUAUGUACAGAAUCUAAUGAACAAAUAUUAGAAGAUUUAACAAAUUCUAAAAUAGAAUCGGAUCAAAAUUUGGAUAAUUUUAAACAAGAUGAAAUUGAUGAAACCAAAAUAUGUGAAGAUAUAGUAUCUGAUAGUACCACGGAAUAUUUAACAAAACAUAAAUCCAGUACAAUGACAAUGGCUGAUACGGCGGAUAUGUUGAACGAUGUUGUACAAAAAGAUAACGAUGAAAAUGAUGAAAAGAAAGAGAGCUCAGAAAUUCAAAGUAUCGAAGUGAAAGCAGUCUCCUUAGCAUCUGACGAUUCUAUGGAAGUAGACAACGAAAAUUUAUUCAGUACAAUUCCCGAAGAAAUGGAUCCUUUAGCGUGUACCGAUGACGACACAUUUAAAAAAUUAGAUGAUACCGAGCAAAGUGACAUCUCUGUUCCAAAAAUAGGUUUACGAGUUAAACCCGUAUCUGAACUUGUUUACGAUGGAUGGAAAUUGGAUUCCACCGAAUCACCAAAAGUAUCCCGUAAACGACGUCAUAGUUUCCAUGAAUCAAAUUCCGAAGAUACAAUUACAAAACAAAAUGAUGACGGGGUCGGUGAUGAAACACUAGGAAGUAAAAGAAUAAAAUUACGUGCGAAACGUAUACCUGAUAAAGAAUUGCGAAAAUCUCUAGAAGAAAGUCAUGUUGUAACAAUAAGUUCAGAAGAUGAGGCUGUGAAAUGUAGUGCUGAAAAAUCAGAAGACCAAGAAGUUAAAGAUGUCAGUGAUGACCAAAGUGCUGCGCAUUCAGUUACAAUUGGAAGAAAAACAAGAGGACGUCCUAGAGGAAGACGAAGGCGCGGUUAUAGGGGAAGCGGACGUUCGGCUCGAUCAAAACAUUCAGAAUUUCAAAAUAUUCAACCUUCUGAGAUAUCGCCUGAAAUUCAUCUUGAUGGAACCCCAAGCAAUAACGACUCUUUAAAUAUGACACCAAUUUCACAGAAGAAACGAAAGAAAAGAAAAAUGGUUUUGGGUCUGGAAGUAGGUAGAGAUAUUGUUCCUGAAACACAGACAGGAUUAAUCCAAGAUGAAACACCUGUAAGACAGUCUAGAAGAAUAGCACAAUUAAAAAUUAAAGAAGAAGCAGAUAGACGAAGGAUCGAGGAAGAGACUUCAAAUGAAAGAAAAGAAAAGAAAGAUUCUGUGGAAAAAAAGAAGCGGAAAAAACCAAAGCCUGAAAGUGAAGAGGAGAUCGUGAUAAAAGAAAUAGAGAAAGAAAAGAAAUCAAAAAAGAAACGUAGAAAAAGGAAAAAGAAGAAAAUGUUGGCUAAAUUUAACGAAGCAAAUCCAUGGCAGAGUUCUUCAGGUUCUAGUAGUGAUGAUGAAAAUGAGAAUGAAGAGGAGGAAGAUGAAGAAGAAGAAAUAGAGAGUGAAGGAUCUUUGCUUUUCAAAAGUGAUCAUGAAUUUUCACCGGAAAGCGAUCUUGAAAAAGAUCAAGAAUCUGAGCCAUUAAGAAGAGCAAGGACUGCACAGAAAGCUCAGAGUGAUGUUGAAGAAGCAGAUGAUGAGUAUGCCUGUCAAAAAUGUGGUAAAGCAGAUCAUCCAGAAUGGAUACUUUUAUGCGAUUCUUGUGACAAAGGAUGGCACUGUUCUUGCCUUAGACCUGCACUCAUGCUAAUACCAGAAGGUGAUUGGUUCUGCCCUCCAUGUCAACAUAACUUGCUGGUGACUAAAUUAAGAGAAAGCUUGAAAAUGUAUGAUCAAUUGACGAAAAGGCAUGAAAAUGAAGUUUUAAGAAAGAAGAGACUAGCAUUUGUCGGUAUAAGUCUAGAUAACGUCCUUCAUAAAAAUGAAUCACAACGUCAUCAAAAAGGAUCAAAGGCAUCUAGCCAAGAGUCUGAUAAUGAAUCUUCAUCUGCUUCAUCUUCGACAAGUACAGAAACAUCUAGCAGUGAAGAAAGUGAACCUGUAUACCAAUUACGUGAAAGACGAAGCGCUAAUAAGUAUAAAUUUAACGAUUAUGAUGCCAUGAUCAAUGCUGCUAUCCAAGAUGAAGUAGAAGCAGUUCAAGGAGCUGGAAAUCAAGGAAGAGGAAAAGAUAUUGCAACUAUAGUUAAUGCGGAAAAAGAAGAAGCGCAGUUACAUUUUAAGAAUAAGAUACUAAAUAUCGAAGAAAUUCCGGAAAGUAAAGACGACAUUGAUAAAAAAUCAGAAAAAGAUAGUGAUGAAGAGUACAAGAUGGAAUGCGAGGAUGAUAUUGAUGAGGAAGAAGAAUUACGACAUAAAGGAGUAGCAAAGAAAUUCUUGUCACGUAAGAAACAUCGUAAACUGAAUAGUCUUGACAUAAGCAGUGAAGAUGAUCCUGAAAGUGAUGAAGACUUUAAAGGUUCAAGUUCUGAGGAGGAAGAAGAUUUUGAUGAUCAUAUAACAUCUUCCGAUGAAAGUACUUUUGCUGAUGUAAAACGACGUAAUAAAAAAGGAGAUUCGCGAUCCGUACGGCGAAGCACUAGAGCCAGAACAACACGUUACGAUGAAGACUUCAUAAAUGACGACAGUGAAGAAAGUGAUAGGCCAAAAAGAAAAAAAUCUCGAUCUACAUGGGAUUCAGAUAACGAAGAUAGCGAUAAUUCAUGGCGACAGAGGAAAAAAAAAAGUAGAACCAUAUCAACAUCUAGAUAUAAAACAUUACCGAAGACAAAGAGCAGGAAGAAGAAAAAGAGAAAACGUAUAAUUGAAUCUGAUAAUCAAAGCGAAAACGAGGAGUCAAAUGAUGAACCAAAAAUUGAAAUGACGUGUCAAAUGCAGCCGCAAUUAGAAAACAACGAAACCAUAAUGUCUGAUGUAUUAGAUGUUAAACUUGAUAAUAUAAAUGAAAACAACGAAGAUAAACAUAUUAAUCAGAUAAAAAAUAUAAAAUUACCAGACAUAAAUCCGGAAAUAUCUGAUAUACCUGCCACUUUACCAUUAGAAGAAAUAACGCAACAAAAGAAGAAAAAGGAUAAUGCAAUGAAGACAAAGAAAACACCAACAAUUCGAAGAAAAAUUAUAUAUGGCGGUCUUCCAGAUGAAAACAAACCAGAAGAAGAAGAAAUAUUAAGUAGACGAACACGCGGUAAAAAAAUUAAUUAUCAAGAAGAAAUAGCAUCGGAUAGCGAAGAGGAGUUAAAGAAGGCAUUAAGAAAAACGGGAGAAAGUGAGGAUGAAUUUGUCGUAAAUGAGGGCGAAGAUUUAAAUGAAGAUGCCGAAAAAGAUUCAGAUUCAGGUGAUAUUUAUAAUCCAAAAAAAGAUGGUCAUAAAUUUAAAAAUAAAUCGCCAAAAACUAGAAAACCUAGGAAAAGUAAGAGUCCUGGUGGUAAGCGGAAAAUGUUGAAUGAUGGAACACCGAAACAAAGAAAAAAACCUGGUCCAAAACCUGGAAGUAAAAAUAAAUCACGCAAACAAAAUUUUUUAUUUAGUUCUGUUAUUCAAAGGAGAGAUGAUCAAGACAGCGAAAAAGAUAUCAUCGCGAAUGUCAUAGAUAAUCCUAUAGGAGAGAUAGAUACCAAACUCGAUGACAAUCUUUCAGAGAAUGUAGGUUUAACUGGUACAGCUAUGUCAGUAGCAAGUUCUUUUACUGGGGAUGUCCCAGAGGGUUCCUUAACAGUACUUGGGCCUAGUGAAUUGGCUGAUUUAGAUGAUGAACAAUUAGAGCAAAUGAUGAUGGAGGACGAAGAAUAUGGCAGACGACAGUUGGAACUUGCAGCUAUUGAAAUAGCGAAAAAGAAAAAGAAAGAAGAACGAGAAGCAAAAAAAUUAGAAAAGGCACGAUUAAAAGCACUAGAGAUAUUGGCAGCUGAAAGGCAACGAGAUCCUAACGCGCCAGAAGGAACUGACGGAGAUGUACCAAAGAAGAAGAAAAGAGGCCGUCGGAGUAAAGCUGAAAUUCUUGCAGAACAGAUGCGCAGGGAUGGAGCGCCAAAUUUGAGUACUACUACUUUGGCUGCUAGCGUUCCACAAAAUUUGAUAACUACUAUGCCAUCUAAUAUUACAACCAAUAUGUCAGCGAUUAUGACGCCUGAUGCAGAAAGAACAGGCGAAGGACACAUUCCCAUGAUGACAGGACCAGAUGGACUUUUUAAUCCUGAUGGAUCACCUAUGAAACCUAAAAGAAGAGGACGUGGCAAGGGUAAAAAGACUCUUGCGCUGGAAGCGGCUAGAGCUGCUGAAGCAGCAGCAAAAGCUGCUGCUGAAGCUAGUUUAAUUGGAAUGGGCACUGAUUCCAAUUCGGAGAUGAAACCUAGCGAAAUCCCGAAUGUACUUCCUACACCAGGUAGUAGUACCUCCGGUUCGGCUCCGUCCACCCCGCCUGCUGGUGUUGUUACAACACAAGGACCACCUUCCUCGCAAACUCCGACUUCACAAACUGUUUAUCCAUCAUUGCCGCCUAAUCAACAGUCUUCCGUUAUCACCAGGAUGCUUCAGUCUCAACCUGUGUCGAGUAGUCCACAAUCGUUCUCCGCUGCAGCUGCAGCAAUGGGACAUAAAUAUUUUGGUGGACCAAACGCUGGGAGUCAAAUAAUGGGCGGACCUAGAACAGGUUACGAAAUGCAACCACGCGGAAGAAUACCUUCUCCAUACAGACAAGCGGGACAAUCCUCUAUACCACCUCAUUUUGCUGCUGUAAGAUCAGGAUCUCCGUCAAUGAGAAUGAGGGUGCCUGGUCCACAGAUGUAUCACACCCCGCAUCAUCCAAUGGAUCCUUCUCCAUCAGGUGGUGGACCAAUAUCAAUUAACAAUCGAGAUCGUAGUUCUCCACUUGGUCCUGGACCUGCAAUGAUUCCACCCGCUGCUGGAAGUCCUUUAGCAAAAGGUGGUCCUACACCUCCCCCACCUCCUCCGUAUGUCAGAGGAGCACCUUCCAUGUCUAGGUUUACAGAUAAUCCCAUGGGUACCAGACAUCAAAUGCCGCCUUUCACUAAUGCUUCACCGGUAAAUCAUAAUAUGCAACAACCAUCGCCACCUCCUAAUCGACCACCUGGUAAUUUUUCACCAUAUCAUCCUCCACCUCCUAAUUAUCACUAUGGUGCCUAUCCACCUCCACCGCCGAUGUCCACAGCAGAUGAUGCAGCCGCAUAUCAAGGAUCUCCUUAUCCUGCGGAUCAUUUUUCCUCCUCUGCAGAUAAUCAACCACCCAUUCAAGCUCCACCUCCCCCUCAGCCUCCACCCCAACAGCAAACGCAUGCAAAUGAUGCUAAUGCUGGAAAUAAACAGUACGAUGAAGAAGGUACUGGAGAGUUCGGCGGUUUAGUAUCAUAUUUCAGUAGUCAGAGAGAAGAUGAUCUUGAUUCGUAGCAUGAGUGAGAUCUUGGCCAACCCUGAAACUUUAUGUAGGAUGCAUUCGAUAGUGGUAUUUUAACGAUCAAGUAAGAUCACAACUUUUGCUCGAGAGGGACAAGUACAAGAGAAACAUAAAAGGAGUUAGCAAGAUGUAACGUAAUCGUAAAUAAAAAAUAAAAGUAGAUACACAUCUGUAUCUACUUUAUGUAUAUUAUACAUAUAUGUGUCGGGGCAUUGGAAUGUUUGAAAUAACGAUGAAAGAAAGAGUAUUUGCAUAACAUAUGAUGAUGUAUGUUCUAACAUUAUUUUAUAUGCAUAUUGUACUGUUUUAAAAAAUAAGAGAAAAGUAGAAUUUAGAAUUGUCUUCCUCUUUGACCUCUUAAGCAAACAGUUGUUCAAAACCUUACUUUCGAAAUAAAGAAAAAGAAAGCCGCCAAAACCAAAUCCGAGGUUGGCCAAGCAAAUAUAAAGAAAAAAUAUUAUAUUAAUCACUAACAAUGGAGCCUAUUUCCUAAAAGUUGUAAGCUUUUUGUAAUUAGUUCAAGUUUGAUUAAAUUUAUAUAAAGCAAACGAGACCAGCCGCUAGUAACAACGUAAGUUGCGUAUUGCUAGAGAAAGGAUUAUACAAAAGAUCUGACCAGAAUUUUAACUAAACAUUCAUUAGUAUUUACAAGGGAAAUUUGUGCACAGUUACUUCUGAAUCCAUUGUAGGUGUGUAGAUGUCCUUUCCCAGAUAAACAUUUGCUGUUGAAAAAGUCGAUCUUAGUAGUAAUCAGGAGAAAAAUUAAAACAAAUUCAGACUAUGCGCCGUUGUUAUAUGUAUAUAUGUAAAUACAAUAAGUCCUUUAGAUUAUAUUAUAUUAUAUGUAUUAUAUAUACACAGUCACGCAAAACACUAUAAAAUGAAUUAGUGCAAAGGGCACAAAUGUAAUAUUUAAAUUAAAACGAAAGAAACGGCAUCCGAUUAUAAUAAAUUAACAAAUGGUGUGAAGACUACUACUAUAAUUAUUUAUAAAAAAAAUUAAGAAUUUAUGACAGGUAGUAUGUAUAUUGUAUUUUACAAAUUUUACUUGAUAAUUAUAAUAAAAGAAUAAAAUAUUUGGAUAUAGUGGUAUUAGAGAACAGGAGGCUGCUAAGUCCAAUUCUAAGAAAGUGAAAAAUAAGAAAUUUAAUGAAACUGACGUUAGGCGUGUGUAGAUAAUCUGAAGAAAUAGCUUAAAGGAAAAAAGUUUUUAUUCUAUUAUGGCGUGCAAUUACAAAUACAUAUAAAUACGUUUACGUGUAACUGCAUAUGUGUGAAUAUAUAUGACUUUCUUCUCUUUUUUUUUAUAUGCAACAAUGUUGGAAACCAAUUAAAAUAUUUUUUUUGUUUUUUAUUUUUUUCUAUAUUCUUUUUUUGGAAAAUCUUUUUAAGAUAAUUUUUAAGCUUUUAAAAAAAGAAGAAAUAUAUAUAUAUAUAUAUAUAUAUAUAUAUAUAUAUAUAUAUAUACACACACACCAUAAUAAUAAUACAUAAAGAAUUAAUUAAAAUAUACGAACAUUUCGUAUUAUUAAAAACCGUGAACUAGACUCAAAUUCAAAGUUUGUGCCUAUAGAGCAACUUUGAAAAAUCUAUUCGUUGAAUCCACUUCUUGGAUAAAUGUUCAAAGAAUAUUUAUUCAAUCAGUGAAUAGAAACAAAAUUGGAUAAAGUGAUUCACUGAACAGAUACAAAAAGAGGUGACAAAGUAAUCAAGAUAAAAAGUGUUAUUUUAACAUUUAUUUUUCAUUUUACAUGACAGCCUCCUGCUCUUUGAUAAAUUCGCAAAGCUGGUAGUGUCUUUGCGUCGCAAAAAAUCAUGUAUCUGUUUAGUUAUCACAAGUACAUGCAUACCUAAUACAAAUAGAAGUUAUAUAAAUAAAAAAAAAAGGAAAUACAUUAUCUUAGGAUUAGCUGCUUGGGAUAGUUUCCUUUACUUCGUCGAAUGUUUAACAACCGAAUUUGAACGAUUAUAUACACACAUUACAACACGCCGUAUAAUGUAAUAGAGAGUUUACUACCGAUAAUUUUAUUAUUUUUACAUCUAUACGAUAUAUUUCAGUUGUAUAUUGUUUAAUGUGCAAUCUAUUGUACAUUAUCUAUUGUCUUCUUUAAAUGUAACAUAUGUCUUCGGACCAUUCGUUCUUACGGUACGCUUCAAGGAAAAUGCGAAUUUUUAAUGUAAGUUUUUUUACAAAUGCUCGAAUGUUUAUUAGAACCAUGUAAAGCAUUCAUCGUAUUGUAAAAUAUUAUCACAUGCAAUUUAUGAUUAUAUCUCGGAAAAUGGAGAUUAAUCUUUGAUAACAGAAUGAUCGUGCAUAUUUAUAUUAAAGAAAAAAAAAAUUGAAUCUUUUCGAUAUGUCCGAAGACUCGUUUUUUAUCCGACUUUGGAUUCCUCUAAACGAAAAUUUAAAAAAAGAAAAUGAAAUAAAUUUUUUCAAGAAAUAUGUAUAUAUAAUAUAUUCAUAUAUAUUUGUAUUGCUUUUAGGCAUGGUAUGUGUCCACACUUAGAGAAAUUCGUAUAGCUCAUACAAGAUAUAUUUAUGAUAACACAAUGAUUUGAUCUCAAAACUGGCGUAUCAAACGUGAUUCAUACAACUUAAAAAGAGGUACUUCAUUUUCAUACAUGUACCAAUUCUUUUCGCAUUUAUAAAUGUUUCCUUGAAACGUAAACGGACGAAGUGUCUUAUCGAGACAAAUGUGGUGCAGUUUAGCUUUUCUUUUUCGUAAGGGUCUAGACCAAACGCAAUUAUUAUAUUACAUGUUGUAGCCUAAAUACAUUUUGUAAUAAAAUUCAAUAUAUUGAAUAUCA